GACCCAAAGAAAGAGAGAGCUUGCUACGAUUUAUACAUCGGUUUCCGUGUUGAAAUUUGCACGAAACUGAUUGCUCUGCUGAUAGGUGCUUGGUUUUGCAUUCAGUGCACUAAUUCAGUAGCUAGCCGUCGAGUACGUGCCUUUUUCUACCUACUUUAUCAUCAUCAACCUUGAUAUCCAACUCGUACCUUUUUGCUGAUCUGAAGUUUGCCAGACAUGGAUGACUUAUUCGACGUCUUUGAAGAGUCAACGACCACCGCCCCGACCAAGCGGACACCUCUUCCUCGCAACGGUCUAACUCUUUCUGACAAGAAUGACCAAGAAGCGAAAAAUGGAGUGAAGCGAGGGCACGAAAGCUCGCCGGAAGCUGAAGAUGGUCCUACAGAGGUUGAUACUGAGAAGAAGGCGCGAACAAGCGAGGCUUUGGAGGCCAAGACUGCCGAACCUGUCGUAACUGAUGAGUUCGAACAAGAGGCGUCUCGGGAGGUUACUGCCUCAACAGGUUUCCAGGGCACCUCAACCGUCAAGGUUGAGGAGGACGGCAAGGUCAAGCUGAAUCAUCAGGUCCGACAUCAAGUUGCUCUGCCUCCCAACUACAACUAUGUUCCGCUUUCUGAGCACGUACCCCCAAAAGAUCCCGCAAGAACGUACCCUUUCACUCUCGAUCCGUUCCAGGCAAACGCUAUCGCCUCAAUACAGCGCAACGAGUCUGUCUUGGUCUCUGCCCACACUAGUGCCGGUAAAACCGUCGUGGCUGAAUACGCGAUCGCGCAAAGUUUACGCGACAAGCAGCGAGUGAUCUACACCUCGCCAAUCAAGGCUUUGAGUAAUCAGAAAUAUCGUGAACUGCUGGCCGAGUUUGGCGACGUCGGUCUUAUGACUGGAGAUGUCACCAUCAAUCAGACGGCAAGUUGCUUGGUCAUGACUACCGAGAUUCUCAGAUCUAUGCUGUAUCGCGGUUCAGAGGUCAUGCGUGAAGUGGCGUGGGUUGUCUUUGACGAAAUUCACUACAUGCGAGAUCUGGAGCGUGGUGUUGUGUGGGAAGAGACUAUCAUCUUGCUGCCAGAUAAGGUUCGCUACGUCUUCCUGUCUGCUACCAUCCCCAACGCCAUGCAGUUUGCCGAGUGGAUCUGCAAGAUCCAUAUCCAACCUUGCCACGUUGUCUACACCGACUUCCGACCGACGCCAUUGCAGCACUAUCUUUUCCCUGCGGGCGGAGACGGAAUCCAUUUGGUUGUAGACGAAAAGAGUGUGUUUCGAGAGGACAGCUUUCAGAAAGCUAUGGGUCAGCUCGCGAACGAUCAGAAUACCGAGGAGUCUUCCAAGAAUAGAAACGACCGUCGCUUGAAGGAUCGGGGGAAAAAGAAACAGAAAGGACCUUCGGAUAUCUACAAGAUCGUCAAAAUGAUCAUGACAAAGCAGUACAAUCCUGUCAUCGUCUUCAGUUUCAGCAAACGUGAGUGCGAGGCUCUGGCUUUGCAAAUGAGCAAGCUCGACUUCAACGAAGAUGCCGAGAAGGAUAUGGUUACCAAGGUCUUCCAGAACGCAAUCUCGCAGCUAUCUGACGAAGAUAGAGAACUACCUCAGAUCAAACACAUUCUUCCUCUGCUGAGACGUGGAAUCGGUAUCCAUCACAGUGGAUUGUUGCCUAUCUUGAAAGAAGUCAUCGAGAUUCUGUUCCAGGAGGGUUUGAUCAAGGUCCUCUUUGCUACUGAGACUUUCUCGAUCGGCUUGAACAUGCCUGCAAAGACUGUCGUGUUUACGAACGUGCGCAAAUGGGACGGAAAGAACUUCAGAUGGGUUUCUGGUGGAGAAUAUAUCCAGAUGUCUGGUCGUGCGGGUCGUCGUGGUCUCGAUGAUCGUGGAAUCGUAAUCCUGAUGAUCGACGAGAAGAUGGAGCCUGAAGUUGCAAAGGGUAUGGUGAAGGGUCAGGCUGAUCGUCUUGAUUCUGCCUUCCACUUGAGCUACAACAUGAUUCUCAACCUUAUGCGUGUCGAAGGUAUCUCACCUGAGUACAUGCUCGAGCGAUGUUUCUUCCAGUUCCAGAAUACGUCUCAAGUCCCGCUGCUCGAGAAGGAGCUUGCUGACGAGACCGAGAAGUAUAACUCCAUGGAAAUCAAGCAGGAAGAAGAUGUUGCGGAAUACUAUGACUUGAAGCAGCAGCUGGAUAGCUACUAUAAGGAUGUCCAGACUGUGAUCUCGCAUCCUUCUGUUGCGAUUCCAUUUAUGACUGCUGGCAGACUCGUCAAGAUCUCAUACAAGGGCGUUGACUUUGGAUGGGGUGCCGUUGUGUCGUACAGCAAGCGCUCGCCUCCUAAGCACCAGAAGAAUGUCACAUACACUCCUCAUGAGUCAUACAUUGUCGACGUCGCUCUCAAUGUUGCUGCAGACUCCCCUCGUAUCACUCCUAAGAACGUCGAACUGCCUGACGGAGUUCGACCGCCUGCAGAGGACGGCAAGUCCAAGGUUGAGGUUGUACCUUUGACGCUCAACUGCCUACAACAGAUCUCGAACCUGAGAAUCUUUAUCGGCCAAGAUUUAAGGUCACCGCAGCAGCGUGAGCAUAUCGCAAAGUCGAUCAAGGAAGUCCAGAAGCGAUUCCCUGAUGGCAUCACAUUGCUGGAUCCAGUUGAGAACAUGAAGAUUAAGGAUGAUGCAUUCUUGACCCUUCAGAAGAAAAUCGAAAACCUAGAGACGAAACUGAAGGCAAACGCGGUCUACAACUCUCCCGAGCUCGACGAGCUCUACAAGGAGUUUCUCGCAAAGGUCGACCUGCAAACCAAGAUUCAAGAAAUCAAGGGCAAGAUCGAAAAAGCCCAUUCGAUCAUGCAACUCGACGAGCUCAAGUACCGAAAACGUGUCCUGCGCCGCCUCGGUUUUAUCAGCGAGGAUGAUAUCAUCGAAGUCAAGGGCCGUGUGGCCUGUGAGAUUAGCAGUGGCGAUGAACUUCUGCUGACGGAGAUGAUUUUCAACAGUAUGUUCAACGAUCUUACGCCCGAGGCUAUUGCAGGUCUGUUGAGCUGCUUUGUGUUUGAAGAGAAGAGCAAGGAGACCGGUAAGAUGCCUCCCGAGCUCGCGAAGCCUUUCAGGGAUAUGAAGGAAGCCGCGAGACGGAUAGCCAAGGUCUCUCGUGAAAGUAAACUCGACAUAUCAGAAGACGACUACGUCGACAAGUUCAAGCCGACAGUCAUGGAAGUCGUCUUCACCUGGGCGCAGGGCGCGUCCUUUGCGCAGAUUUGCAAGAUGACUGAUGUCUACGAAGGUAGUUUGAUCCGGAUGUUCAAGCGUCUGGAAGAGUUGCUGCGACAGCUGGUCAUGGCGGCUAAGGUUAUUGGAAACGAGGAUCUGGAGAAAAAGAUGGAGGUCGCGAUGGAGAAAAUCAGAAGAGAUUUGGUUGCUGCUGGUUCUUUGUAUUUGUAGUGUGCUUUUCUUUUUACUCAUUGAUGUUUUCCUAUUUCAUAUUUUUAGAU